CAUGCAUUCACGAGAUCAAGACUAACACUAUUAAGAAAGCCCUUCGCCUACGGUAAUCGCUGCGUGGAGUAUAGCUCGGACCUUGCAGCUUGCUCGACACGUAUAGCUCACGGCCAUCUGACGAGCAGACAACUGUGAAAGAUGCGACUCGUGGUGCUUGGAGGCAGCGGCAGGACGGGUGUGCAUCUCGUUGAACAAGCUCUGGCGAGAGGACACAGCAUUACCGCGCUAGUGCGAAAUCCCGCCACGUUGUCUGCCAGAACGGGUCUCGACAUCUGCCAAGGCACUCCCCUCAAUCUCCACGACGUCUGCAAAACUUUCUCAGCAGGUAGCAGCUAUACACAACCUUCAGCAGUGAUCGUCUGCCUCAAUCCCAGUCGCGCAUCAGACAGUCCUUUCUCGCGCCCCACGACGCCCCCGCGCUUCAUGGCCGACAGCGUCGCCAACGCCAUCACCGCCAUGAAACUCCACGCCGUGCCCAAAAUCGUGGUCAUGCAGGCCCUGGGCGUCGGCAACAGUUUUCCUAAUUUGCCCUGGUGGAUGCGCUACGUAAGGCACUGGACUUACAUGAGGCAUUCUUAUGAUGAUCAUGAUCUUGUUAAUGAGGAGGUUAAGCGUGCGGGUGUUAAGUAUGUCUUGCCGCGGCCACCAUGGCUGACUAAUGGGGAGAUGGAACCGGUGAGGACGUUUGGGGAUAGGGGAGAUGGAAUUGGGACUUUUGCUAUGAUUUCGAGGAAGUCGGUGGCGGGUUUCUUGCUGGAUGCGUGUGAGAGGGACGACUGGGACGAGAGCACGCCGGUCAUUGCAAGAUGAUAUGGAAAUGUAUUAGAACAUAUUGACGUAGCGCUUGGCAUAUGCUGACUACCUUCGGCAGCGUCCCAAGCCAUUGCAUCCAUCUAGGGGUAGACAAUGUGCUUUACUAAAGAAAGCUUAGAAUAAAAUCCUCUACUAUAAAUCUACUUGCUAAGCAAUUAGGUAGCUUAGAUUAUCGCUAUUAGGUAAUUAGCCUAGAAAUCUAUAGAUUCUAG